CCAGAUUCUUUGUUCAUUCCACGCAUACCUUACCCACCACCAGUUACUCUCAUGUACACAACUUAAUCUAAUUGUACAACGUGAUCAGCUGAACAUCUGACAGUACAGAAGUGACCAUUUCUUGGAUUUUGAAGCGAGGACGAGGACGCCAUUUUUAUUAUUUGGUUUGGUAACUUUCCUGGGUUCCCUGGGGCCAGAUAGGGAUAUUAACACAUUAGACGGGGGCAUAGCACCCCCUGCAUAUAUUAUUCUUGGCGCCCCUAGAGUAGCCCAAUCGUCAGGGGCAACCAUGCCGGAGUCCACCCACAUAUCCCCCGGAGAGGGGGUCAAUGCAAGAUUAGGUGCCCCUCAACCCACUUCGUUGGAGGAGAGAAAGUCGCCCCUGGAAUCCACCAUGAUAAUGCAGGGCGCUGAUGCAGUUCGACUGGUUGGUGUGUCUGAAAGCAUCAGUCAACAGAUUGCUAAAUACGACUCAAGCGAGUUCGACGACGACAAGGAGACUGUAGGAACUGAUGCUGAAGGGGUCUGGGCGCCUGACAUAGAACAAAGUUUUCAGGAAGCACUUGCAAUCUACCCUCCCUGUGGCCGAAGAAAAAUUAUUUUGUCUGACGAAGGAAAAAUGUACGGCAGAAAUGAACUAAUAGCCAGGUAUAUAAAACUGCGAACGGGCAAGACGAGAACCAGAAAGCAAGUUAGUUCUCAUAUUCAAGUUCUCGCAAGAAGAAAGCUCAGAGAGAUACAAGCAAAGCUGAAGGCACCUAACCAGACCCCCACCACGUAUUCAGAACAAACACAUAAAGAGAAGGCGAUACAACAAAUGCAGCAGAUGAGUUCUGCUCAAAUAGUCUCAGCCUCCGCACUUCACUCCAAGAGCUUGUUAGGAUCGAAUGGUGCAGUACAAUCUAGUUCUGCAGUACAGUAUCCAAACCAGUUCUGGCAACCCGCAAUUCAAACAACAACAGAGGAUGUUAAACCGUUCCAAACUGGAGGAUUCAACCUGAGUGUCCCAAAAAUCUCCGCCGCCAUCCCCUCCCCUAGUCCUGCCUGGCUUGGGCGGAGUAUUGCAACCUCGAAACUCCGCCUUCUUGAGCACUCCGCCUUCGUUGACCAGCAGAGAGAAACGGAUAGUUAUCAUAAACAUUUAUUCGUUCAUAUUGGCGGUAACUACGAGUACUCAGAUCCUUCAUUGGAGCCCGUUGAUGUUCGACAAAUACAAGAUAAGUUCCCAGAGAAGAGUGGAGGACUGAAAGAGCUUUAUGAAAAGGGUCCACAGGAUGCUUUUUUCUUGGUAAAAUUUUGGGCUGAUUUAAACACAAAUAUAUCGGACGAGAGUAGUGCUUUCUACGGUGUUACAACAACAUAUGAGAGCAGUGAGAACAUGACAAUACAGUGCUCUACAAAAGUCUGCAGCUUCGGGAAGCAGGUCGUGGAGAAAGUGGAGACUGAAUAUGCCAGGUUUGAGGGUGGAAGGUACCUGUACAAGAUCCACAGAUCCCCAAUGUGUGAAUACAUGAUCAACUUCAUCUUGAAGCUGAAGCACUUACCGGAGAAGUACAUGAUGAACAGUGUACUAGAAAACUUUACAAUAUUACAGGUGAUAACGAAUCGUGACACUGGUGAGACCCUACUGUGCGUGGCCUACGUGUUUGAAGUGAGCACAAGCGAGCACGGUGCACAGCAUCAUGUCUACAAACUCGUCAAGGAUUAAUUGCGCGCUUGUAAGCAUAGUCAGUGUUAACUGCUCGCGAUGAUCUAUUCAGAUGUCUUAUCUCAAAGGUUGUUUAAGGAUGUAACAGAAGAAAAAUAUUAAAUUUUUCUUGGUUUAAUUUUUAUGUAUUACUUCUGUCCCCCUGUGACGAAACUAGUCGAUUUAGUUUCUUAUUUCUGGUAUGAUGUACCCUGUAAACUUAUGUAAUAUAUAAAAAUUGUAUA